AGGGAUCUGUGCGGUGAGGGGGAGGCCGAUCCGGGGUCCCCUCGGCGCCGUGUGAGGCCCUCCCGGGGCUGCCGAGCGGCCGAGACCUGCGGGAGCACCCCGGGCCCCCAGCCCGCUGUGUCCCUCCCUGCCCCAUCCUUCCCCAUUUUCCCACAGUCCUGCCACUUCCAGAAGCUUUUUGGGACCGACGGGGAGCUGGAGGACGAGGAUUUCCUCUCCGCUGUGGAAGAUGCAGAGAACCAGUUUGUGACCCCCGGGCAUUCCUCACCCAGCGUGGUCCCGGUUCCUCCCAGUAAAUCCCAUCCCAGUAAAGCCCCCACCCUCCGGCCCCUCGCCGGGCAGGGCGAGCAUCCCCUGGGAUUCCAGGGACCCCCAUGGCGGGGGGCAGCCCCCCGGGACGAGCGGGACAAUGCCCUUUUCCUGGCUGCCUGCAGGGAGCUGGAGGGUCCCGAGGUGCCCGUGGGGGCUGGCGCUGCCCCGGUGCCCCCCGGGCGCCACGAGAAGCCCCCAUGGAAAUGCCCAGGGAAGGAGAACGCUCAGGAAUGUGCGGCCCCCAAAAAGCUCAGGGGGGGAGAGGAGGUGGUCUCGGGUUCUGGGGGGCUGCAGGACAGGCAGGGCCCCCUCCCCAGUGCCAAACCGGUGCUGCGGCCCAGCACGGCCGGUGCCUGCACCCCCAGACCCCCCCUUUCCACGGGAGAGCCGGGAAGCUCCCGAGGGUCCCUCCCUGCUCCGGGGGCUCCGUGCCUGAGGCCUGUCCAGGCACCCCUAGGAAGGAGCAGCUCCUCGAUGCCCUGGACCCCCCCAGCACAGAGCUGCCCCCAGCCCCGGCUGCCCCCCAGACC